UGUCAUCAUUCCCAGUUUUACUUAUAAUAAAUGUAUGUAUGAGUGGAUUACAGUCAAAAAAUGGUUUUUUCUAGAUGUCUAUUUAAAGUGCUUGGCUUCUUUUUUAUCAUAACCUUUGUAGUGCAGAUGAUGAUAAAAUGGAGGAUUACAGACAGGAGAAUUCCAAAACCAAAACCAUUAAAGAACAAACAGAUUUCUAGGUCACCUGUUCAAACAAAUGGUACGCAGAUUCCGAUGUCGCCACUUCCGGGAAAUCAAGAGACGAUUUCGACGCCAUCCGGCCUAAGUAAAGAUGAAGAAAUAAUGAUGGCGUCUCACUAUUUUAAAUAUCGCCCUACCAACCAAAGAAAACUGUAUAGUCUAACAUAUGACUGUCCUGGUUGCAAGAACCCGUGUAGGACUUUUAGUACGUCACAAGCAAUGGACUGCGAAGGCCGCGCUUGUUUAAUUGAUUGCAGCAGCCCCAUCUAUAACCACACGGUGCCAUCCGAUAACACUUACUUAAUUAAAACCCAAUUAUUAGAUGCCGAAAAAUUAACUCUUCAUGAUGAGCAAAUCACGAUUAAAACCAGAUUACCAGACAUUUCAAAACUUAAACUUGAACUUCUAAAUGUUGAUGGAGGCUUAAGUGUCGGAGAAAUGAUAAAACUGAAGUUGGUUAUUCACGAUGGCUCUGGUAAGGUUUUAAAAAGGGGCGGAGAUGAUGUUCGUGUCUCGAUUGUCCAGAACAAGAUGCGAAUAGCAGGACGCUUUACGGAUUACAACAAUGGAACGUAUUUAGUAACUGUCCCUGCUUUAUGGAAUGGUACUAGUACGAUUUUUGUUGUGAUACCGUAUUAUCGAGAAGAGACGUCCACUUUAUUCAGAUGGUUCAGAACUUUCAACUCAAUAUUUUACCAUUAUGGCGAUUUCUCUAACGGUAAACUUCGACAAAGUACGUUAUGUAUGGCAGGGCCCAAUAUAACCGGUUAUGGCAAAGUAUGUCAUUUUUCUGCUGCUCAUAACGGUGGACAACCCUGGUUUUGUGGUCAUCCGAAGUCUAAACAUCUUGGCUGUAAAGAUUUCUCUGGAACUGGGGACUACAGAUUUACUGACAUUGGAGCAACUCAUGCCGAAAUGAAGUUAUUUCGAAGAAAAUGUACUAAUAUUGGUCGUACUAGAGAGGUGAAAGUCAAUGUUAAAGGAAAAGAAAUCAUAAAAACUACACUCACACUGUGUAAAGACAUAGAACCUGUCAAGACAUGGGAUUUAUCAAGUCCGACUGGUUAUUUUAAUACAGAAUCGAAUUAUGUAUCGACUCAGUGCAAGAUGCGGGCCUUAACGACUGAUCAGACAAGAACAUGUAUAAAAAAUACAAUUAUCUAUCUCAGUGGGGAUUCAACAACUCUUCAGUGGUAUAAAGCCUUGCGACAAUUUUCGAACUGUAAACAGAUCAACGCAUCUUUUGUCACCGGAAAAUGGUACGAAAAGGUUACAUGUGUCGUGAAGGGAUGGAAUUUUACCUUAAAAUGGGUACCGCAUGCCAUGCCCUUUAGCUUCUUUGACGUUAAUAAAUCGGAAAUAAAUGAAACUUCCGAUCGUUCCUUAACAGAUGUGUUGAAUGGUAUCCCGGACAAGGGACGCUAUAUAUUUAUACUGCAUAUUUUCGCCCAUUACACUAGAGUACGUUAUCAUAUUUUUCGAGACAAAGUUCGAGCCAUGUUGCCUGCUUUAAGAGAAGCUUUAAAAAGAAACAAAGAGCUUCAAGUGGUUGUCAAAUCACCCCAUAUUUAUUAUUGUGAAAAGUGGGUACCGUGUGUGAAUGAUUUCAUGGGUCGUCAUCUGAUUACCAUAUUGCAUCAGGAGAUGAAGGAGUUUAUACAUCAAAUCAAGUAUUUGGACUAUUGGGAUAUGUCUGUGUCUACAGCGAAUGCUAAUUUGCACGCAGGCGGUGAUUUUAUUUGGAAGAUGAUACAAUUAAUGAUCGACCACACUUGUAAAAUCCAAUUUUGACACGCAAGUCGCAUUAAAAACUUGGGGAGAUGUUUAUAAUUCCAAAUACAUAUUUUUAUUUAUUACAUAUAUAUUUAUAUUCCACAUAUAUCUACAUUUCACAUAUAUCUACAUUUCACAUAUAUCUAUAUUUCACAUAUAUCUAUAUGGAAUAGCAAAAUCGUGGUAGGUCCAUAUAUUUUAUUACUUGGGUAAACCUAUCACGAGCGUAGGAACCAUUUUAUUAUUGGAGGGUCAUUAAUAAAUUGUAUUAACAUAGUUUUUCAAACUCAUGAACCGCCACGGGCGGAGGGCCAAGAUAUUAUUAAUAUGCCUAAUAGAGAUAAACAUGUAGUGGUGAAUGAGAAUUUAGUUUGUUGUUUGCGGUUUAAAGUCCACUACUACCGCGCAGGUCCCGUGAAAUGGGGGUAAGGGGGCUGCUCUGACAAUUUUCCAGGGGCCUGGAGGUAUGCCAAAUAAUGUUUCUGUUUAAAAAAUUACUGGUAAAUUAAUAAAAAAAAUACACGGUUA